UUGGUAAUUCAGUGUAUAGACGACCGGGAAUCGUGCCACGAUCAAUACCUACAUUCCAUCAGAUUAGUUUCUGAUUAGAUCUGACAUUAUGAUGAGAAUUACUUUACUUGCACUCGCUUCUUUUGCAUUGGUUUGUGCUAUACCUCAAGAUGCGGCACCUGCACAGCCUGCUGUCCAGAUCUUGAAACAAGAUUCUGAUGUUAACGUAGACAGUUACAAUUUUGACUUUGAAACAAGUGAUGGUACUGCAAGGCAAGAGCAAGGUGAUUACAAGAACGAUACAGACCAACAGGGUCUGUUGGUGAGGGGUAGCUACAAGUACGUAGCUCCUGAUGGACAGCAUAUACAGGUCACUUACGUUGCUGAUAAGAAUGGAUACCAGCCCACAGUAGACAACAGCAGUCAGGCUGCACCAGCUGCACCAUCUCAAGCAUAAAAGUCGUGAAUUGAUGCAAUUACUGGCUACAACCAAAUUAUAUUUUACUAUAAUAUCUAGUCGCUUAUUACAUAUAAAAAUUAACUGACAUUAAAGUAAUGUGAUGUU